AUGGCGAAAGGCUCGCAGCUGUCUCAGAUGAAGGCAGCCCUUAAUCAGGCUGGCCUUUCCCGUCCCCAGCAAAACGGCAAGAAGAGAAAGCGGGCGGCUCCAGAGGAGCGGGACAAGGAGAAGAAAGCCGCGAAGCUCAAGGAGAUACAGCAAAAGCUCAACCCGUUUGAUGUCAAGGUCACGAAACUCAAGCAUGAUGUGGGAGGGCGUAAGAUUGUUGGAACGGUUGGUCGUCCUGCCCAAAGCAAACAGGCCGGGAUAGAACAGAGGAAAAGAACUCUCCUGAAGGAGUUCGAGGAGAAGGGCCGGGCAGGCGGUAUCGUCGACCGCCGGUUUGGUGAGAACGACCCUACCAUGACACCGGAAGAACGGAUGCUCGAGCGAUUCACGCGGGAGCAUCAGCGGGUAUCCAAGGGUGCUGCGUUCAAUCUCGAGGACGAGGACGAUCUCACGCAUUAUGGUCAAAGUCUCUCUAAGCUGGACGACUUUGACAACGUCGGACUCGGACUGGACGACGAUGAGGAUGAGGACGGCGGUCAGAUUGAUCGACAUACGGUGCAGGAGAGCCAUUUCGGAGGGUUCGAUGAUGGUGAGGGCGAGGACGAUGAGGAUGAGCCUGCGCGUAAAAGGUCGAAGGCGGAGGUUAUGGCGGAGGUUAUCGCCAAAAGUAAAGUGCACAAGAUGGAACGACAAGCACAGCAAGAAGAGGACGAGAAUCUGCGACAUGAACUUGACCAGGAGUUGGACUCCAUUCGGUCGUUGUUGUAUGCCCCCGAACCUUCAGCAGCAACGACUGGCGCAGGGGACUCUGGGAAAACAGGAAUCCCUGUGCCAGGAGCUGCUGUUGUCGAGAAGGACCAGGAGUAUGACCAGUACGUACGCGAGCUGGUGUUCGAGAAACGGGCUCAGCCGAAGGACCGCACGAAGACGGAGGAGGAGAUCGCGUUGGACGAAAAAGAAGCGCUUGAGAAGGCGGAACAGAGGCGGAUACGACGGAUGAACGGCGAGCCGGAUGAGAGUGACGAGGAGGGUCCUAAGGGGAAAAAAGGAAGGCGAUCACGGGGCGGAGACGAUUUGGAGGACGAUUUUUACGAGGAAGAUGAUGAGAGUGGGCUCGGGGCCGGGUUGACGGAGGAUCGCGCUGCUCACUCGGUCGAGGAGGCCUCCGAGGUUGGCGACGAGGAAGAUGAUGAGAGCGGUGACGAGGAGGAAGGUGAUUCAGACGUAGAAGACGACGAGUCUGCUGCUGCAUCUGACGAUUCUGACGAUAUCGAAGGCGAAGAGGGUGAUUCUGAAUCUCUGGUGCAGACAGCCAAGAAGCGGGUUGAGGCAACCCCGGCUAAAGGCAAGGGGAAGGAGCUCCCUUUCACAUUCCCGUGUCCCGCCAAUCAUGAUGAGUUCUUGGAGAUUGUCGAGGGCGUCGAUGUCAAGGACGUGCCCACCGUUGUGCAGCGUAUCCGUACGCUCCACCAUCCGAGCUUAGCGGAAGAGAACAAGUUCAAACUGCAGGAGCUGACAGGUGUACUCAUAGACCAUAUCCUGUACAUCACCACUCCUCCCCAGCCACGUUUCUCGUUACUGAGCUCCCUGGUCCCGCAUCUGCUCGCCCUCACUAAAUCAUACCCUAUCCAGUCUGCACAACACUUCGUCGCGAAGCUCAACCUCAUGCACAAAAACCUGAAGCGUGGACUGUCGCGCGGUGCCACAGAACCCGAUGCGAAGACGUGGCCCGGUCUGCCUGAGCUAUCGCUUCUCCGCGUGAUAGCGCAAAUAUGGCCGACCAGCGACAAAAACCAUCACGUCGUUUCCCCUGCACGAUUACUUAUAGGUGCAUACCUUGGUCUGUGUCGUAUCAGGUCGUUACAGGACCUCUCCAGCGGGCUCUUCCUCUGCACGCUGUUCCUGCAGUAUGAGUCACUAUCGAAGCGAUUCGUACCGGAGACUAUCAAUUUGCUAGCAAAUUCAGUACUGCACCUAGCCCCGCAUUCGCUCAAAGACCAGACAUUAAUACCUGGACACUUCCCUUGUCUCGACUUCCGGUCAGAACACUGCGCUAUCCUAACGAUCGACGCCCGGACGGCAAGGAAAGCAACAUUGAACAAGCCGGAUCUUGCAGGCCUGCUUAGUGGUGCGACUGACGGUGAACAAGCGAAAGUCGACCUCCUUGGUUUGACGUUGGAGCUGAUUGGACGCUUUGCGGACAUGUACAAGAGUCUAGACGGUUUCAUUGAGUUGUACGAGCCAAUUUCCGGACUCCUUGGUGAGAUCAAGACGCAAGGUCUGCCAGAGUCCCUUGUAGCCCGUCUAUCGUCACUUCGAGACACCCUAGGUCGCUACCUGAAGUUCUCUCGUCAAGCACGCCGUCCACUCGUGCUCCAAGCGCACAAACCGAUACCCAUCCCGACCUAUGUGCCCAAGUUCGAGCAGUCUUCGUCGAAUUACCUUCGCAACCGCGAUCCUGACCAUGAACGGAACGAGGCAGCUAAGCUUCGCCGACAGUACAAGCAAGAGAAGAAGGGUGCUAUCCGUGAGUUGCGGAAGGAUGCACGUUUCUUGGCGGGCGAGCAACAGCGGAAGGACAAGGACAAGGACAAGGCGUACGGCGAUCGUAUGAAGAGGGUGUUUGGCUCGAUCGAGUCGGAACGGGCGGAGGAAAAGGCCAUGGAGCGGGAGAAGAUGAAGGAUAAGCGGCGGGCUGGGCGCAAGUGAAUUAUUGCUGUCCCAAGUGUAUAUGCACGUAGCGCUCCUCAUGUUUUGAUCGGCCGUGCUUUUUGUGCUUUUUUGAGGGAUUGAUGCGACCGUGGCUAGCCCUAAGCUCCCAUACAUAUAUGAAUCUAUACAUCCUCGCUUCCUCAAGUU